UUCUGGUCGGAAUCCACCUCUCCGCCUGUGCAACACACACUUUACACACGCACGGGGACUGCAAGCGGGCAGCAUCGAUCGUGGCUCCUUUAAGACAAACUCAGACAGACAUUUUUUUUUAACCCUCCUCCUCUAAUCUCCCUCCAGUGCAGCAGUUGCAAAGAGGGGGAGAGAGAGAGAGAGAGAGAGAGAGGGAGAGAGAGAGAAAGAGAGCGAGCGAGAGAAGAGAGAAACUGAUUAGGAAUUAGGACUGAUUCAAGGGAAGCGAGCGCUAGGGCUUUGUGCAUUUGAAUAUUAACAUUUGAGGUGUUCUGACCAGAAGAAGACUGAGCGGAUGAUCAUUCAUUCACCACGUUGACAACCUCGCCUGUGAUUGACAGCCGGAGUGGCAGAAAGCCAUGAGAUUUGGUAGUUGGGUCUGAGGGGCGCUUUUUUUUUUUUAACUGAUUUUUUGGGGAGAGAAGAUCUGCUUUUUUUUUGCCCCCGCUGCUGUCUUGGAAACGGAGCGCUUUUAUGCUCAGUGACUCGGGAGCUUUGCUUCAGGUCCCAUAGACCGAAGAUCUGGGACCAGUAGCUCACGUUGCUGGAGACGUUAAGGGAUUUUUCAUCGUGCUUUUUAUUUUUUUUUCCGGGGGAGUUUACGUAUUUGUUUCUUUUCACACUGGCCUUAAAGAGGAUAUAUUAGAAGUUGAAGUAGGAAGGGAGCCAGGGAGGCCGAUGGCGCAAAGGUACGAUGAUCUACCCCAUUAUGGGGGCAUGGAUGGAGUAGGCAUCCCCUCCACGAUGUAUGGGGACCCGCACGCGGCCAGGUCCAUGCAGCCCGUCCACCACCUGAACCACGGGCCUCCUCUGCACUCGCAUCAGUAUCCGCACACAGCUCACACCAACGCCAUGGCUCCCAGCAUGGGUUCCUCCGUCAAUGACGCUUUAAAGAGAGAUAAAGAUGCCAUUUAUGGACACCCCCUCUUCCCUCUCUUAGCACUGAUUUUUGAGAAAUGUGAAUUAGCUACUUGUACCCCCCGCGAGCCGGGGGUGGCGGGCGGGGACGUCUGCUCGUCAGAGUCAUUCAAUGAAGAUAUAGCCGUGUUCGCCAAACAGAUUCGCGCAGAAAAACCUCUAUUUUCUUCUAAUCCAGAACUGGAUAACUUGAUGAUUCAAGCCAUACAAGUAUUAAGGUUUCAUCUGUUGGAAUUAGAGAAGGUACACGAAUUAUGUGACAAUUUCUGCCACCGGUAUAUUAGCUGUUUGAAAGGGAAAAUGCCUAUCGAUUUGGUGAUAGACGAUAGAGAAGGAGGAUCAAAAUCAGACAGUGAAGAUAUAACAAGAUCAGCAAAUCUAACUGACCAGCCCUCUUGGAACAGAGAUCACGAUGACACGGCAUCUACCCGCUCAGGAGGAACCCCGGGCCCUUCCAGCGGGGGCCACACAUCACACAGUGGGGAUAACAGCAGUGAGCAAGGUGAUGGCUUGGACAACAGUGUAGCUUCCCCCAGCACAGGUGACGAUGAUGAUCCAGAUAAGGACAAAAAGCGUCACAAAAAGCGUGGCAUCUUUCCCAAAGUAGCCACAAAUAUCAUGAGGGCGUGGCUGUUCCAGCAUCUAACACACCCUUACCCUUCUGAAGAACAGAAAAAGCAGUUGGCACAAGACACAGGACUCACCAUCCUUCAAGUGAACAAUUGGUUUAUUAAUGCCCGGAGAAGAAUAGUGCAGCCCAUGAUAGACCAGUCCAACCGAGCAGGCAAGUCCCCCAUAGUGACUGUAUUCAAGUCACGCAGGCGAAAAGCAUCCUCAAGCCAUUCACCGGGAGGUCCCAUACCUGUAAGUCAAGGAACACCUUAUAACCCCGACGGACAGCCAAUGGGAGGUUUUGUGAUGGACGGUCAGCAACACAUGGGAAUCAGGGCACCAGGGCUGCAAAGUAUGCCAGGGGAGUAUAUAGCCCGGGGUGGUCCAAUGGGUGUGAGUAUGGGACAGCCAAGUUAUACCCAACCCCAGAUGCCCCCCCAUCCUGCUCAGCUGCGUCAUGGGCCCCCCAUGCAUACGUACAUUCCUGGACACCCUCACCACCCAACAGUGAUGAUGCAUGGAGGACCGCCCCACCCUGGAAUGCCAAUGUCAGCAUCAAGCCCCACGGUUCUUAAUACGGGAGACCCAACAAUGAGUGGACAAGUCAUGGACAUUCAUGCUCAGUAGCUUAAGGGAAUAUGCAUUGUCUGCAAUGGUGACUGAUUUCAAAUCAUGUUUUUUCUGCAAUGACUGUGGAGUUCCGUUCUUGGCAUCUACUUUGUUUGGACCAAGGAGCAUCCCUAAUUCUUCAUAGGGACUCUUAAAAAAAAGCAGGAAAUACCAACCGAAGUCAAUCUGGGGGACAUGCUAAAUAACUAUAUAAGACAUUAAGAGAACAAAGAGUGAACUAUUGUAAAUGCUAUUAUACUGUUAUCCAUAUUACGUUGUUUCUUAUAGAUUUUUUAAAAAAAAUGUGAAAUUUUUCCACACUAUGUGUGUUGUUUCCAUAGCUCUUCACUUCCUCCAGAAGCCUCCUUACAUUAAAAAGCCUUACAGUUGUCCU